AUGAAAUGUCUAGUAAUUUUAAUAUUAAACGUUUUUAUUAAUUGCCUUAAUCAAAAUCUUAGAAAUCCCAAUCCCACUCAAUACUCAUCCAACGCCAACAAUACAAUUCUAAAAGUAUCCAAUAAAACUGGAUUAAUUAGCGAGACGGGGAAAUUAAUAAAUAAUACGAAAAAGCUACUGGAGCAAAGUUUAUUAUCAUUAUAUGAUUUUGAAUAUGAAAAUGAACUACUUUGGACACAAAACAAUAUUAUCGGAGUCUCAAUCAUUAUCAUUCUCAACACUUUGAUUUUCAUAAUUAUCAUCAAGCAAACCUCCUCACUAUUCUCCAAAGGGUUGGGUAGGAAAUAUAUGAAUGGAGGAGGUUGGUGGUUAAUGCUGAGUGCAUUGCUUGGAAUGUUGUUUGGUUGUUUAGUGGGUGUAAUAAUGCGUUAUUCUAUGUUAAUUUUGGGGUUCAGCUUCAUGUUACUAUCAGUUUCAGCUUUACUUUUGGGCAGAAUGGGAAUGGUCGUAGGUGGUGUUGCUGGACUGGAAAUUGGCUCAAUUUUUGGGACAAUUAACUCAGGCUCAAUCAGCAGAAUCAUAUUCGAGGCACUACUAUGCUGUUUCGCAGGAGUUGCGAUAGGAUUUGUGCCAAUGUUUCCAAAUAUCAAAAUCAAUGCCAGAUAUAUCCAACGCUCGCUCAAGUUAGUUUAA